CCCCUAUGGAUCCGGCCCUGGCUCGGGGGCGCUGCCCUAUAGAUGCAGCUCGGUGUGCGCCGCUCGCUGGACUCCCUCGCCCCGCAGCAUGGACCCGGCUCGCCGCCUGCUGCCCCUCGGGCUCUGCAUCGCCCUGUGCCUGUGGGGCACCGUGGCCCAGAAUCAUGGCGUACAAGGUACCACUGAGGACUGUAACAGCCAUAUGCUGUGCCCAGAAAACGCCAAGUGUGUGAACAACACGCACUGCACCUGCCUGGAUGGAUAUCAGUCACAUGGGAAUCGCUUCUUCACCGACCCAACGGAGACCUGUGACGAUAUUAACGAGUGUCUGAAGUCAAGCCCGCCAGACUGCGGACGCAACAGAAACUGCAACAAUGCGCCUGGGAGUUACUCCUGCACCUGCAUCGAUGGCUACGAGCCCAACUCUGGGAAAGCCAACUUCACGCACACGAGUGAGAACAGCUGCCAGGACGUUGACGAGUGCCAGCGAAACGCCACAAUCUGUGAGCCCCACGGGAACUGCAUCAAUAUGCCAGGGGGUUACAUGUGUAAAUGCAGUUGGGGAUUUGGGAAGAGUCAAAAGGAUAUGUCUAAGAUCUGCACAGACAUUGACGAGUGCAAGAAGACCCCAAAUAUCUGCGGCUCCAAGGCCACGUGUAUCAACACCUACGGAAGCUACCUGUGUGAGUGCCAGGCCGGCUACGUCCCCUCCAACAGGAACACGACCCUGUGCCAAGAGCUCACCUGCCCCCCGCUGCUGAGUGAUGACAACUCUGCCGGAGCCAAGAACCUCCUGGGCAGCUUCCAGGCACAGGUGGGACGUCUCUGCCAGGUGACGCUGGAGGAGCUGAAGCGGAUGAACUCUCAGAACGCUCAGGGGAAGCUGCAGGGCUUCUUGGACAUUCUGGAGAAGCAGAUAAAUCUGGUCGGGCAGCAGAGUGAGACCGUGGAGUGGAGACACCGGAUCGCAACGGAGCUGAUGGCCACAGUGGAGAAGCUGCUGAGAACGCUGGCCCUGACCGUGCGUGACCGCAUGAUCAGCAUCACAUCCCCCAAUGGCACAGAGCUGGGGCUGGCGGUCAGGCAGGCUGGGAACCAGAGCCAGGAGACCGUGACGCUGCAGCAGAGCAAGACGCAGAUGGAAUUAAAAUGGGCCGGAGCCCCAGGGCAGAAAAAUGAGGGCUUCACACUGGCCGGGCUGCUGACAUACCAGGGGAUGAGCCCCAUCCUGGACGGUGCUGGGCGGGUGGAGGCGCCUGCGUGGGAUGAGAUCGGCCGGACGGGGAAGUGGGCCCGGGAGCCGGGGCGGCCUAGCUACCGUGUGCUGUCUCCAGUGGUGUCGGCCUUCAUCAGUGACCCGAACCCCCAGGCACUUGACCUCUCUGCCAGCAUCUGCUUCAGCCACCCGGUGCCGGAGAAGAAGACUGACCUACGCCUCCUCUGCGCCUACUGGGAGCCUGGCAGCAGGCGCUGGGCCACCGACGGCUGCACCCUGCAGAAGUUGAACGCCACCACCACCCGCUGCCAGUGCAACCACCUGACCAGCUUCGCCGUGCUCAUGGCCUUCUACGAGCUGGAGGACUGGACCCUGGACGUCAUCACCAAGGUGGGGCUGGUGAUCUCACUGCUGUGCCUGCUGCUGGCCAUCGUCACCUUCCUCUUCUGCCGCGCCCUCAAGGGCCCCCGCACCACCAUCCACCUGCACCUCUGCCUGGCGCUCUUCAUCGCCUACAGCGUCUUCCUCACCGGCACCUCCAGCACCGGCAACAGGGUGGUGUGCGGUGUGGUGGCCGGGCUCCUGCACUAUUUCUUCCUGGCCGCUUUCUGCUGGAUGUGCCUGGAGGGCGCCGAGCUCUACCUGCUGGUGGUUCAGGUCUUCACCCCCCACGGCCUCAGGCGCCGCUACAUGUUCCUGCUGGGCUACGGCGUGCCGGCCCUCAUCGUGGGCAUCUCAGCCGCCACCUACAGCCAGGGCUACGGCACGGCACGCCACUGCUGGCUCUCGCUGGAGAAGCAAUUCAUUUGGAGCUUCCUGGCGCCUGUCUGCAUCAUCAUCGCGGUCAACGCCGUGAUCUUCGUGGUCACCGUCUGGAAGCUGUCGCUGAAAUUCGCUGACAUCAACCCCGACAUGAGCCAGCUGAAGAAGCUCAGGGUGCUCACCAUCACGGCCAUCGCCCAGCUCUGCGUCCUGGGCACCACCUGGAUCUUCGGCAUGUUCCAGUUCAACCAGCGCAGCCUGGUCGCCUCCUACAUCUUCACCAUCCUCAACAGCCUGCAGGGGCUCUUCAUCUUCCUGCUGCACUGUCUGCUCAAGAAACAGGUGAGGGAUGAGUACCGCAGGUGGCUGAGCUGCGGCGGCCUCAAGAGAGCGGCCAAAUCCUCCGAGUUCUCCAGCUCAAUCACCAUCACACGGCAGGGGCUCCAGCGGUCACAGGAGUCAGAGUGGUAGCACUCUUGCACUCAGCCCAUUUCUGGACACCGCAGCUUUGCACAUGAGAAAACCCGGCCCCCUGCCAGAUGCUUCAAGGGUUGCCCAGUGGAACCAUUAUGCUGCCCAGCUGCCCCCACCUGCUGGGCUCUCACCAGCCCCAGGUCUGCGCGCUGCCAGCAUCACCAGCCAUAGCAACGGCCAGCAGGGCAGCCGCUCGGCUCCGACACCACGUACUCUGGCCACAGGGGGCACCUUUCCCUUCGGUACGAACGGGUCCCUGGCCCCGGCUGCGGUGCGAUGCUGGGCCAGGCUGAGUGCGGGCAGUGGAGAUGAAUCCAGCCAGCAGUGAUGAACCCGCCCCCCCGAGGACCCCUCCCCUCCCCCCAGGCACUGCAGCAUCAGCCACUGCCCUUGGCUUCCAUGACGGUACGACGCGGCCUGAGCUGAAGGAGGCAAGCGGCCCCAGCCUGCGACGGCCCCCAGGGCUCGGCUGUCUGUGUCUCACUGGUGGCACUUUUUUUUUAAAUGAUCUUUUUAAAGUUAUUAAAAUAUUAAGUUUUGUGACAAAAACAGCUGCUUUGAGGAGCCACAUGUGUGGUGGCUGGAGAGAACCCAGGAGUCCUGACUCCCAGCCCCCGCUGCUCUACCCCUCCAGAUGACACAUUCUAAGGGCACCUGGGCCCACGGUGAUCCUCUGAGUCCAGCCAGCUGCAGAGCAGGCCCCUGCCCUCUCUCCCUCUCCAUUGAGAGCAGAACAUCCCGACUCCAUUUGGAAAGGGCCAGGGCUGAGAAUCCACCACGCCCCGGGAAGCUGUUCCUCUGGUUAAUUUACCCUCCUUGCCAAUUUCCAGUGUGACGGUUUCGAAGAGCCCAUUAUCAAAGUCGCUAUAGACUGACCAAGUCACCCCUUCCCUGUCUCUCUGCUAAUCCACUUGAGCUCCUGGAGUCUGUCACUAGAGGGCAGGUUUGCGAAUCCUCACGGGCCUUCUGGCCUCUCUCCAAUUUAUCAGCAUCUGUCUGGAAGUGGGGACACCAGAACUGGGCACUAGUUAAGCGGCACUCAGACCAGUGCCAGAUACAGAGUAAAAUAACCUCCCUGUUCCUGCCUGAGGUUCCCCUCCACACAUCCACUGAAAGUUAUUUCAUUAAUAAUAGUAUUAGUUAUUAUUACUGAUCAUUAGUACACAAGGAGACUUCAAACAUUAGAGUUAAGCACCUGCUUUACCAGGGUGCCGAUUCAAAAUUCUUUCCCACACCCCAAGCAGGCGCUCCUAAACCUCUUGGGUUCUUUUAGUAACAGUUCCGUUUAAAGUGCCCACUUUCAUUUUCUUUGACUUCGUCUCAUUCCUCCCGGCUUAUCUUCUCUGUUAACCCCUGGAGUGCUCUGCUAACGAGACAAUGCACAAUUAAAAAACACAACCGUGAUUUGUUUAUAUAUAUAUUUCUGUCUACAGCAGGGGUCAGCAACCUUUCAGAAGUGGUGUGCCAAGUCUUCAUUUAUUCACUCUGAUUUAAGGUUUUGCGUGCCUGUGAUACAUUUUAACGUUCUUAGAAGGUCUCUUUCUAUAAGUCUGUAAUAUAUAACUAAACCAUUGUUGUAUGUAAAGUAAAUUAAGGUUUUUAAAAUGUUUAAGAAGCUUCAUUUAAAAUUAAAUUAAAAUGCAGAUUUCCCCAGACCAGUGCCAGGACCCGGGCAGUAUGAGUGCCACUGAAAAUCAGCUUGUGUGCUGCCUUCGGCACACGUGUCAUAGGUUGCCUACCCCUGGUCUACACACACACAUAUAUAAACCAGCUUUUUAAUACUAGCAAUAGUAAUCUGUUGGAUACGUUUGUUUGAUUUUAGUUUAUUUUUACUAACCACUUUAAUAUGGAAUUUUAUGUUAUUUCUCUUUAUUCUUUUUUCGUUCCUUUAUUUCUGUUCUUCUGAUAAAUCCUGGGUUUGGGAUUCUUAUUUUUUUCCUGCCUGUUAAACGAAAUUAAAUUAAGGAAAAGCUGCA